CCCCUCCCGGCUCGCCGCGCAUGCGCGCUGGGCGGCGCAGGGCCCCCGGCGGCGGAGGCAAAAUGGCGGCGGUGGUCCAGAACGUGGUGAAGCUGCUCGGCGAGCAGUACUACCGCGAUGCCAUGGAGCAGUGCCACAACUACAACGCGCGGCUCUGCGCCGAGCGCAGCGUGCGCCUGCCCUUCCUCGACUCGCAGACCGGCGUGGCGCAGAGCAACUGCUACAUCUGGAUGGAGAAGCGCCACCGAGGGCCGGGUUUAGCCGCCGGGCAGCUCUACUCCUACCCCGCGCGCCGCUGGAGGAAGAAACGCCGCGCUCAUCCUCCCGAGGACCCCAGGCUCUCCUUCCCCUCCAUCAAACCGGACGCGGAGCAGGCCCUGAAGAAGGACGGGCUGAUCUCGCAGGACGGCAGCAGCCUGGAGGCCCUGCUGAGGACCGACCCCCUGGAGAAGCGCGCGCUGCCGGACCCCCGCAUCGACGACGACAGCCUGGGCGAGUUCCCCGUCGCCAACAGCCGCGCGCGGAAGCGCAUCCUCGAGCCGGACGAUUUCCUCGACGAUUUGGAUGACGAGGACUACGAGGAGGACACGCCGAAGCGGCGAGGGAAGGGGAAAGCCAAGGGCAAAGGCGUCGGAGGGGCUCGCAAGAAGCUGGACGCGGCAAUUUUGGAAGACCGGGACAAACCCUACGCUUGCGACAUCUGCGGGAAGCGCUACAAGAACCGCCCGGGGCUGAGCUACCACUACGCUCACUCCCACCUGGCCGAGGAGGAGGGGGACGACAAGGACGACUCGCAGCCCCCCACGCCCGUCUCGCAGCGCUCGGAGGAGCAAAAAUCCAAGAAGGGCCCCGACGGCCUGGCGCUGCCCAACAACUACUGCGACUUCUGCCUGGGGGACUCCAAAAUCAACAAGAAGACGGGGCAGCCCGAGGAGCUCGUGUCCUGCUCCGACUGCGGCCGCUCGGGGCACCCCUCGUGCCUGCAGUUCACCCCGGUGAUGAUGGCAGCCGUCAAGACGUACCGCUGGCAGUGCAUCGAGUGCAAGUGCUGCAACAUCUGCGGCACCUCCGAGAACGACGACCAGCUCCUCUUCUGCGACGACUGCGACCGCGGCUACCACAUGUACUGCCUCACGCCCCCCAUGUCGGAGCCCCCCGAGGGGAGCUGGAGCUGCCACCUGUGUCUGGACCUGCUGAAGGAGAAAGCCUCCAUCUACCAGAACCAGAACAAUUCCUGAUGCCCUCGCUUUUCCCUUUUUCCCCCUUUUUUUUUUUUCCCCCCUUUAUUUUACAUUUUUUCCCCCAUUUUGGGUUGGUUUGGGUUUUUUUUUUUUUAUUACUUUUGGGGGGUGGCUUUUCUCCCUUUCAUCGUGCUGCCCCCGCGUUGGGUUCCCUCCAUCGCGCAGCGCCAGGACCGCCUCCCUGACCCCCAGGAGGGAUUUUUGGGGUAAUUUCCCCCCAAAUCAGGCCCGGCACGUGCGGGCUGCCCCUUCCUGUCACCGUUUCUGGGCUUUUUCACCCAAAACGUGCCCGAAUCCUCCCCGCUCCAGCACCUCGGAGUGGCGUGCCAAAAAAAGAACAAAACGCCGCUUUUCCCUUUUCUUGGCAAAUUCGGGGCCCCGCGCCAGCUGGGGGUUGUGUUUUUGGGUUGUUUUCCUUAAUUUUUCAAUUUUGAUGGGGUGAGGUUUUAGGUUGUUUUUUUUUUCUGGUUUUAUUUUUAUUUCAUUUUUUCUCCCCGUUUUUCUCCUGUUUUUUUUCUCUCCUCCCGGUCCCUGCCUAGAUGAGGCCUUACACCCCGCCAUCCUCCUCCGGCCAGCGCAAAACUGGGGCAAAAUCCCAAUGUUUUGGGGUUUUCCCCGUGCUCCUCCUCCUCCGGCUGGCUCAAAAUGGGGCAAAACCCCUCCGUUUUGGGGUUUUCCAGCCCCUGCGGAUCCCUUGACCCGUCCCGGUUGCACAGGGUUUGGUUUUGGGGUGGGGUGGGGGGGAAGCUGCUUUUGUCCUAAAACCGCCACUUUUCCCCUCAAAACGCGGCAGGGAGGAGGAGGCGUGCGCCCCCCCCCCCGGGAAGGAGCCGCCGUGCUUUUUUGGGGUGCGCUGAGGACCCCCCCUGCUUGCCCUCUGCCCCCCCAGGGUCCCGUGGACUGAAUGUGCCUGUUUUUUCUAAAAAUCAACUUUAAAACCUACCUCCGACCCCCCCCUCCCACCCCCACACCCCCUUUUUCACCGGCCGGAACCCCCCCAAUGGAGAAGAAGCUGGCGGGGGGGGGGGAAGACCCAAAAUGGCCCCAAAUUGACCCAAAAUGGCCCCAGAUUGGGCCAAAACAGCCUCAGAUUGACCCAAAACAGCUCCAAAUUGACCCAAAAUAGCCCUAAGUUGACCCAGAAUGGCCCCAGAUUGACCCAAAACAGCCCAAAAUUGACCCAAAAUAGACCCAAAUCGUCCCCAAAACGGCCCAAAAUUGACCCCAAAUGGCCCCAAAAUAGCCCCAAAUCAUUAAAAAUAACACUUAACCCAAAAAUGCACAAAUCUGGUGGGGAGGCGGCUCCAGCCCGGUGUUUUCUCCCCUUUCCCCCCUUUUUGUGCCCAAUUCAGGUGGAAAAGGCGGCUUUUUGGUUCAAAAUGGGCGGUUUUCCCCUGUUUCGCGCCCCGGUGAGGGGCGGGAUGAUGAAAUGUCCCAAAACGGGUGGGUUUUACCCCGUUUUUUCCCCCUUCGGCAAAGCUUCACGGUUGUGUCUUAUCCGGAUAAAAAAAAAUGACACCAAAACUGCUCGUUUUCGUAAUAAAA